AUGCCCGCGGUGGCCGCUGCAGAGAGGUAUCAGAUGCCGGUGAUAUCAAUGAGUCAAGAACUACCAAAAGAUAGACUACCAGACGAUGAGAGUCAGAAUGAAAGCGAAGAAUCACAGGAGAUCGAAACAAAUCGGAAUGGAAUCCUGAUCGCUUCACUCGUCAUGUUCAUUGCUGCGAUUGAGAAUACAGUAGUUGGAAUGAGCGAAUGGCCGUACAUGAAUGAAAUCGACAAAGAAGCCGAUGCUCAAUUCUUCGGAGCCGCCACAGCUGCCUCAAAAAUGUUCCAUGCGCUAGCAGCUCUCGUUUUCGCCGUCUGGUGUCAUCGAUAUCAAUCGUUCCGUAAACCUCUUGUCGCCGGAAGAAUCAUUGCUUUCGGAGCAUGUAUGCUUUAUCUUUGUGUCGAAAUGUUUGAUAAUGGAAGGAGAUAUGUUAUGGCUUUGUGUUAUAUCCUGUUUGGAAUUGCUGCUAGUAGUUCAACGAUUCUUCGCGCCUAUGUGGCUGCUAUUUCUUCACAUGCCGAUCGUCCAAAAGCCUAUUCUGGACUCAAUGCGGCUACUAUGAUUUCGAUUAUUGUUGGACCAAUAAUCCAAGCUCUCUUCUUCUGGAUCCCAUAUCCUGGAUAUCAAAUCAUCGGAAGCAUCAAAUUCCACAUUUAUUCUGCACCAAUAUGGGUCGCCGCUCUCACCAACUUCGUCUCCGUCGCCAUCAUUUGUUGCAUUUUCAAAGAGCUGCCUCGUCGCGCCAAGUCGCAAUUGAAAAAAGAUACAUCUGUCAUGUCAUUGUCUGGAAUCAAAGCUCGUUUUGAAAAAGUGGGUCAGAUGAACCUCAACUGGCCGACCAUCGUGUUGUGCUGGAUUCAAAAGAUGAAUUCGACGCUCUCAAUUGUCACUAUUACUACGCUGACAUCCGUAAUUUUAAUGAAUAAUUACGGAUGGAGUGGAUCCCAUACAGUAGUCGCCAUGUCAGUAACAAUGAUAAUUGUUGGAAUUUUGGCAGUCCUCAUAACUUGUCUGUACUUCUUCUGCAAUCUCGGAAAAUAG